ACCGAUCAUCUUUCCGUCACUAAACCAACCCCGACUUAAGCCGUAUAUCUUCUUCCUCGGGUCCUGCUCGGUUCAUACUUCUUUCUCUUUCCUCCCUCCCUCCCACUUGUGGGUCUGCUUCAUGUUACUCCGACGCAGCUUACCCCGGUCAACGCCGUCGAGCUGGUUCUCGCGGAUAUCCCCAGCCAGCACCAUGCCUCUUCGCGCAAAAGUGACGAACCCAGGUUUCGCGGCGACUUCUAAUAUGUCGACCGCAUCCAACCCAGAUAUCCCCAAAGCUCAACACGGAGACGAGCCCGACGAUGUCCUCUUCAAUUCCCUAUUCGGAGUGCGACUGGUGGAGCUCAACAGGCCAAAGAAGCUUAACUCGUUGAACGGCUCGAUGGUCAGGAAGAUUCUUCCACGCCUCAAGGAAUGGGAAAAAUCUCAACUUGCCAACAUCAUCAUGGUCGCUGGGGCCGGCACGAAGGCUCUCUGUGCCGGCGGUGACGUGGCUGCUCUUGCACUACAGAACGAAAAGGGCCCCGAGGGACAACAGGCAUCGACAGACUUCUUCGGUCUCGAAUACAAGCUCGACCAUGUCAUCGCAACCUACUCGAAACCCUUCAUCUCCGUCAUGGACGGCAUUACCAUGGGCGGAGGCGUUGGACUAAGUGUUCACGCGCCAUUCCGCAUCGCGACCGAACGCACUGUCUUCGCCAUGCCCGAAACGACCAUCGGCUUCUUCCCCGACGUCGGCGGCUCUUUUUUCCUCCCCCGUCUCGACGGCGAGAUUGGCACCUAUCUGGCCCUAACAUCGGCACGCCUGACCGGUGUUCAGGCGCUGUAUGCUGGCAUUGCUACACACUACUUUGACUCUAGCGUUUUGGGCAAUCUGACACAGCGUCUGUCGGAAUUGGUCUUCCGCGACAGUGCUACUCUCCAGGAGCGGCUAGACCUGAUCAACCGCACAAUGGCCGAGUUCGCGACAGGUCUUCCUGAGGAACCCCAACUGGCUGGCCAGCUGCGUAGCGCAAUUGACCGAUGCUUCCGCCACGAUACGGUGGAGCAGAUUAUGAAGGCCUUAGAGCGGGAGAAGAAGUGCAAAAAGUGGGCACAAGAAACGUUAGAGACCAUGUCGCAGCGGUCGCCGACCUCCCUCAAGGUUGCUCUGCGCCAAAUGCGUGUGGGCCAGGCAUGGGGCAUCCGCGAGACGUUCCAGCGUGAGUACGAGAUUGCUGCACGAUUCAUGCAGCACCCCGACUUCGUCGAGGGCGUCAAGGCACGUCUCAUGUCGAAGCCGCCCCGCCAGGCGUCGUGGCAGCCUGCAACUCUUGCCGAGGUCUCUGAGAAGGACGUGGAUGAGUUUUUCAAGAUCCCGCAAGGCAAGGAGCGUAUCCAACUUUUGAGCCAGGAGAACUGGCGCUCUUACCCACACUCCUAUGGUCUCCCUUCUGAAAAGGCCAUCGAGAAAUUCAUUCGGGAAGCCGACCCGAAGUCAAGGGCUUCGAAGGGCGAGGUUAUCGAGCAUUUCGUGAAGGAGUUUGAACACAAGGAAGGCGUCAAGGAGAAGGUUGCCGAGGUGCUGGCUAGAAAGACCACUAAAUCCGCCGAGGGCCUCAUUUGGCAAGGUGAGGGUGCUGAGACGGAUGGUCAGUAGACGGCGUCUUCUGUUUAAACUGCUUAUAUGUAUUUAUAUCAUUUAGGGUAUG